GGGGGAGAGAAAGCUAGAGAGAGAGAGAGAGAUAGCGAGAGAGGGAGAGAAAGCUAGAGAGAGAGAGAGACAGAGAGAGAGAGAGAGAGAGAGAGAAAGCUAGAGAGAGAGAGAGAGAGAGAGAGAGGUGUGUGUGUGUGUGUGUGUGUGUGUGCGCGCGCGCUCCACACUCAGCUGUUCAGAUGGCGAGAUGAAAGCGGCUCUCAGUGGCUCUCACUGGCUCCCCGAGCUCUUCAUCUAAAGGAAUCCAACUAAUUUGUCCUUCAGGAUUAGACAAGAAGGUAGAUCACACACCGAUAUGCAGGGCUAAAACGACCUUUUCUUUCUGAAAGCCUGGCUGUAACACCGCGGUGUGGACAUUUUGUGUUAGAUUUCUUCCGUGAGCGAAACUUUCCGUUGUUCCACGCGGGAGGGGGAAUAAAAUAAAAUAAUGCGACUUGGAAAAGAAGAGCAAUUAUUUCACAUCCUGAGCACCUGAGAUCAGGAAUGCCAUCCGUUAGAAGAGGAGACAUGAAGGGCAUUCCGUGUCGCCGACUCAAACUUGUGCUUUCAUCUAAAUCUGGUUGCUUUCCUCGUGUGAAAUGAAGCCUCGCGCUCAGUUCCACAGGAGGUCCUGGUUAAUAGGCUGUAUGAAUGAAUGUCACCUUAAACACCGUGUAGUUUCCUUCACACUAACUAACCGGUACACAGGAGGAGACACAUGACAGUCUUAGUGGUGCUUUCUAUCAUUUUAAUGCUGCUUUCUUACAUUUUAACAACAGAGACACAUCCACAUCGUAAAGCAUCCAGCAACAGUGUGGACACCUGAUAACUUUUUACCCCAUGGAUUCAGGAAAGCCUUCGAGUUUUCAGGUGUGCGUGUUCUCUGGGACUUCACCUUGCUCCAGGUUUUAAAAUUAACCUCAUUUUUAGCUCCACAUUGCACUCUUAUUCGAUUUCACACGAGUUUUUUUUUUAAGCUUGUGAGAUUCGUUUAGGAUAUCAGAGCGUCUUUAUUCAGUUCAGUCUAGUUGAACACAUCCCGGUGGCUCUUAUGGGAAUGAAACACUCCUCCCGCUGUUUGCUCCUACGGAGGAAAAUGGCGGAACCGGACAGCCCUGAGCAGCAGCCCCUCAGCUCAGCACCAUCUCAUUCAGCACAACCUUCUCCUUUGCCUAAACCAGUGCCCUCGGUCAACCAUGCCCCACGGCCCACACACCCCUCACACAACGCACACACUCCCCACGCAGCAUCCUUGCUCACCUGCCCCGGCCGAGGAAAGAUGGCCAAGUUUCUUAAUCCAGAAGAGAUGACUUCCAGAGACUACUACUUUGACUCCUACGCUCACUUCGGCAUCCAUGAGGAAAUGCUGAAGGACGAGGUCAGGACACUGACCUACAGAAACGCCAUGUACCACAACAAACAUGUCUUCAAGGACAAGAUUGUGCUCGAUGUAGGGAGUGGUACUGGCAUCCUGUCCAUGUUUGCUGCCAAGGCCGGUGCCAAGCACGUGUACGGGAUUGAAUGCUCCAGUAUAUCAGAGUACUCUGAGAAAAUCAUCAAAGCCAAUCACCUGGACAAUGUUAUCACCAUCUUUAAAGGAAAGGUAGAGGACACAGAGCUGCCAGUGGACCAGGUGGACAUAAUUAUUUCAGAAUGGAUGGGCUACUGCCUUUUCUAUGAGUCCAUGCUCAAUACUGUCAUCUAUGCCAGAGACAAGUGGCUGAAACCUGGUGGCCUGAUGUUUCCAGACCGAGCUUCUCUCUAUGUUGUGGCCAUCGAGGACAGGCAGUACAAGGACUUCAAGAUUCACUGGUGGGAGAAUGUCUAUGGCUUUGACAUGACCUGCAUCAGAAACGUAGCAAUGAAAGAGCCACUGGUUGAUAUAGUGGACCAAAAGCAAGUGGUGACCAACGCAUGCCUCAUCAAAGAGGUAGACAUCUACACAGUGCAGCCAGAGGACCUGUCCUUCACUUCAGCCAUCUGUCUGCAGAUCCAGAGGAAUGAUUAUGUCCACGCACUCGUCACCUACUUCAACGUCGAGUUUACCAAGUGUCACAAGAAGAUCAGCUUCUCCACAGCACCGGAUUCUCCCUACACGCAUUGGAAGCAAACAGUUUUUUACCUCGAGGAGUAUCUGACUGUGAAGAAGGGAGAAGAGAUUGUAGGCACAGUCACCAUGAGGCCCAAUGAAAAUAAUGCACGUGAUUUGGACUUCACGUUUGAGCUGGAUUUUAAGGGUCAGCUAUGUGAAGCAGACAUCUCUCAUGACUAUAAGAUGCGUUAAGCGUCCAGCAGGGGGCGAAAAAGUGCCCGAGUACCACCAUGGGGACCGAGGAAGUGGCACUUCCCCAUCCGCAGUGCCAGAGACCAGCACAGAGGCUGAGUGCUUAAUAACCUGGGCCACGACUCUGCUCAUCUUUGAGAGAUGUGCUAAUAUUUCUGGAGCUGAGUGCCUCUCUGAGCAAUAGCAUCCUUGCCAUGGCCAAUAACAGCGUGCACUAGUCCAAUAUUUCUGACUGUUCACAAGGCAACUUUGAAUGUACUGCUAAUCAAGCUCAAGAAUGUUACUAUCCUCAUGAAUGUGAAGAGUCAGUUUACAGUUUCUUUUGGAAAAGAGUCAAUGGAACAUUAAAUUGUGGUUCUAGUGAGAGUCUAAAGAUAAAGAUGUUAGCUUAUUUUAGCUGUAUUUUCAUUUGUGGUGUAAAAUCAAGAUGUUAGGCCAUUUUACUUUAAGCACUAAUCUACUGCACUACAAUAGAGUAUUUUAGCAGAAUUAUAUGUGCAAUCAAGUGGAACACACUAAUGCAGAACUCUCAAAUUUAAGGGUUAUUUAUAUAUAUAAAGUUUUGUUCAAGAAAAUUCAUUACAGUAGCUAUUAAACAUACAGUAUUUAGGUGAAUUAGAAAUAAUGGUAGCACAUUUAUUAACUUUUCUUUCUACUGUGCAAUAUGUAGUGAGUGUGAAGGUGUCUUGUUCCGCAGUGUCAAUAUUUGUUAUAAUGCAAAAAUUGUUACAUAUCCAACUACAACUACCAACAGAUCAGGGUACGAGAAAUGGACAGAGAAUAAGAACAAACCGGAGUGGGAUCAUGCAGAAGUCUUUCAGUACAGCAGGAUGCGUGUGUGUGUAUUCACCUGUGCUCUUACUGAACUCAUCACCGAGGUACCUCCUCACCUUCUGUCCUGCUUCAAUCCAAAGUUAUUCUGGUUUAAAUGACAUGGUAAUUCACAGACAUUGAUUAUAUUCAGUUUCACCAAAAAACCUGCUGUGAUAAAGAGUCUCAAAAAGAAAACAUUCUGAUGUGAUUAAAGCAAAGAAACAAACAAAAAAAAAACAAAAUAUGUACCUCUUGAAUAAUGUUUAAAAAGAGUUACAGAAGUAA